GUAGUUCUGGAGGAGAAGGCUCAUGUUAAAAUGUUGAUGGAGCGUGUAGUCCAACUCAUUCGCGACGGUGUACUAGCAUGGAUCUUCUGGAGGUUUUCGUUCGACGGUGCAUCCAGCCACUCCAAUACCGGGGCCACCCGAUGUGGUUGUACUCUGGUACUGAAGACACCACUCGGGUCCAUCCAGAGGAGGUCGACGAUGCCACACUGGAGAGGUGGAUGACUGCCAUCACAGGGAACAAGGACAACCCUCAUGGGGCCAGGAGGAUCCCGCCACUCGACCAGUCUUAUGAAUCAGACAAGGUAUGACCACUUAUCUCCGACUGUAAUCAUGUUUCGUCCAUUCUGUUCUGCUGCAGAUCAGUCGAUCGACUUUUGUCUUGUUUGUUGUCCUUCAGGCUACCACUGAGUUGUAUUCGAUGCCCAACGGGGCGCAAGCACAGACCGAGGAGGAGGAAGGAAGUGGAGGUGAAAGUCAGGAGGAGUGGGAAUCGGAUGGCGAUGAGGGUGAUGAAGAUGUAGGCUCCGAUGAGGAGGAGGAGGAAGAGGAGGAAGUUGCGCCUCCCCGUUCUGAAAGAAGGUCCAAGCUUGCCCAUGACCCUGCGGUCGAGCGCGGCAAGGGGGCCGCGCCUGUUGUGCAAUCGACCAAGCGUCCUCGGACGACCUCUCCGGCGCCGACUGAGAAAGCGCCGAAGCAAUCUCGAGUGGUGCCGUCGAAGCCGACGAAGGCUUUGCCAAAGAUGAAGAUGGUGAUUCCCACUAUUUCUAGUGCUGCUACUUCUGAUACCUCGGCCAGACCUGAAGAUCAAGAAAUGGAGGAUAUAAACUGA